GUACACACAAACACACCGCAAUCCCUUUCGCCUCACUACACAUAUAGCCCGUGUACGCCCGCUUCCUUCAAUCCCUGGCCAUCUUGAUCCGCCCUCCCUCCCUUCCUCGCCCUUGAUAAGUGAGCAGGCGCCAGGCAGCAGCAGCAGCAGCAGCAGGAGCAGCGCGGACUUCUUCGUUCCACGCACGCGCGGCGCCUCCCAUGUCGUCGGGAGAGUUCCACUUCCACGACGAGCUGGCGUCGCUGUUCGCGCAGCGGCCGGCGGCGGGCCCGGGCCAGGGGGAGAUGAUGGCGCAGCAGCAGCAUCAGGCGCCGGCGUCGUGUUUCGCGGACUACCUGCACGCGGGCGCGCCCGGCGUGGGGAUGGACUACGACCUGCUGUGGCGCGCGCUCGACCUGCCGGUGCCGGGGGACGACGUCGUCAAGAGGGAGCUGCUGGUGGUCGACACGGGCGGCGGCGGGGGAGGCUUCGCCGCGCCCGCGCCCACGCCCAGCGGCGGCGGCACGGCGCCUGUCACGCCCAACACCACGUCGUCGAUGUCCUCGUCCUCGAGCGAGGCCGCGGGCGGCAGCGGCGGCGGCGGAGGAGGAGGAGGAGGAGGAGGAGGGGGAGGCGGCGGCUUCGGCGCCGGGGAGGGGGACUCGCUCAAGAAGGAGGAAGGGGAAGGGGAGGAGAGCAAGGAGCUCGGCGGCAAGGGGGAGGACGACGCUGACAAGAGCAAGAAAGGGGCGGCGGCGGCGGGGAAGGCCAAGGGCAAGGGGGAGAAGCGGCAGCGGCAGCCGCGGUUCGCGUUCAUGACCAAGAGCGAGGUCGACCACCUCGAGGACGGCUACCGGUGGCGCAAGUACGGCCAGAAGGCCGUCAAGAACAGCCCAUACCCCAGGAGCUACUACCGGUGCACGACGCAGAAGUGCCCGGUGAAGAAGCGGGUGGAGCGGUCGUACCAGGACCCGGCGGUGGUGAUCACCACGUACGAGGGCAAGCACACGCACCCCAUCCCGGCCACGCUCCGCGGCAGCACCCACCUCCUCGCCGCGCAGCUGCACCACCACCACCACGCCGGCGGCCACCACCUCGGCGACGCCUUCCCGCCGCCGCCGCUUCCGCAGAUGGGCGCGCCGUUCGGGCGGCCUGGUGUCGGCGGCGGCGUCAUCGACGUGCUGGGCCUCCUGCCGCCCCGCGGCGGUCCCCACAACAACCACAACGUGCCGCCGGCGACAGGCCUCGCGUCGUCCCACGGCAUGAGCGGUCCGAUGAGCACCGUCGCGGGCGCGACCACCACCACCUCAUCGUCUGCCCCGUCGCUCCAGAUGCAGCACUUCAUGGCGCAGGACUUCGGGCUGCUGCAAGACAUGCUGCCGCCGCCCUUCGUCCACAGCAACAUCCAGCCCUGAAAUUAUGGUAACCACACCACAGGCAAGCUGAUGGACGGAGAAGGAAGCUAGAUAAGAGAGAUAGUACUUAAUUUGGUUCUUGUUAAUGCUUAACCUCUUUAAUCCCCUUUUUUUUCACCGAUUUACUCCUCUAGAAUGAAUCGGUUCUUGAUUUGUUUUUUUUUUGCCCCCUUCCUGUGCUGCGAGACACAUGCAUGCCGCUACAGAGUUUUCUGGCGCCGGGUCUCGUACCAUUUCUAUGAUGAUCUAGCUAGUCCUUGCUGGUGUAGUACUAGCGGUUCUUGUACAUGUACCUAAUCAACCCCAGCUCAUGCACGCAUUGCACUCUAGCUAUCUGCUGCAGUGCUGGCCAUGGGCUAUGAUAAUUUUAUGCUAGCUCCUCCCUGCAUUCCUCCUGUCCAUGCAUCUAUCUCCAUUAAUACAACACUACUACAUCUGGGCACAUGUUUGGUAGUA